AAUACAUUCUUAGCACCCGAGACGAAAGAAGAUCACAUUGAAAGGAAACCAUUCCAGUGCAGAGCGCGUGCAAAAUUUACGUCAUUACUCCUGAAAAAUGCUUUCAACGGGGUUCGCAAAGUUGUGUUUUGUUGUGGCAGCGAUAGAGGGUCUGUUGAGAUGGAAUUCCGUUGAUGGUUCCAGUAUCUACGUUGGGAGACACGAAGCGGGAACUUACUCUGAGCAGAUUCCCUCGGAGAGCGCUCUUCCAGAAGGAUCCUGUGAAGACGGAAAUAAACGACUCUGUAACAAGAUCAUAAAAUAUUAUGGAGCAGAAGUGUGUGAGACACACGAUGAAUCUUUGCUGUAUACUGUCCAGAAUGUCUGUCAAGCUACCUGCGGCUUCUGUACCACUCAGGAGUGCACGGAUGAGUUUGAAGAUCUUUGUAGAGAUUACGGAGGAUACUGUGACCACAAAGGAGACUUCGGGGGUCUAAUUAGAGACAUUUGCCCUAAAACCUGCAGCACUUGUCAUCUGAAACCGAGCAAGGAACAAAAUAAUUUGGUCGUCAUUCAAGGAUAGCUAGUCAGAACAGGACUUUCGAGGAAUACAUAUAUUUUCAGUGUUUGUACGACACUUCAAAGUGCUCUGUAAAUAGCAGUAAAUGGACUGUGUCAGUCGUUGUCUGUAAAGUUGAAAAGCUUGUGAAUAUAACAAGAUGUAUGUUAAUGUAAUGCACUUGUUAUGAAGUGUGUCAGCAGGUAGCAUACAUUGCUGUAUAUUAAUAAUAGACCCGAAAAUAAACUAAGACUGCGCGUUGAAUA